UUAAUUUGUUGUGGUUUUUUAAUCUGUUGCAACUUACACUUCCCAGCCACCGUAAGAAAAGGAGUCAGCGUCCAGAUGCAGUGCAAACUUUGUUUGACCUCUACAGUCAUUUCAGCUUACAAGACUUCGGCGUCUAAUCUAAAAAAACACAUUGAGUGUGAGCUACAGAUCAUUCGUCCCAAUGCAACACGGUGGAAUUCAACCUACCUUGCCAUUGAAAGGAUAAUACACAUCAUUGAUGAGAAGGGGGAAGAUGCCAUCAGGAGCAUUUGUGAGGAGUUCAAGGUGAAAAUGUUGAGUCCUGCAGAAGUUGCCUUCCUUAGGGAGUACUGUACCACCAUGAAGCCACUGGUGAAAACUUCAAACAUCCUUCAGUCUGAGUCCACUUCCUUUAUGGGAUGGCUCCUGCCAGUAAUCCAACAACUACUGUCCAAACUUAGCAGGCUGGAGACAUCAAGCAAGACAUGUGUGCCACUCAUCAGAGUCCUGCAAGAUGGCCUUCAAAAGCGUUUUGGACCGAUGAUAGAGGAUCCAGAGUUGGCUGCAGCUGCAGUCCUCUUACCCAAGUUCAAGACUUCCUGGACUGACAGAGCAGAUGUAAUAGAGGCUGCCUUGGCAUACAUUAAACAACAUCUUGAAACGACGGAGCAUGAGAGUGAGGAUCAGCAAAGAGAGUCAUCUGAUGAAGAUGAAUUCUUCUCCAGACCAAUCUCCAGAAGGCUGCAAAGUGCAGCUGAGCUUGAUGGUUAUCUUGCUUGUGCCACAGACACCAUGGAGUUGCUGCACUCCUUCUCAGCCAUCAAAAACCUCUCUCUUAAACUGAACACAACUCUACCUGCUUCUGCUGCGUGUGAACGACUUUUUAGCUGUGCUGGUUUACUCUUCACAGCCAAACGAAGUCGGAUAGCCUCUGUUAAUUUAGAAAACCAGCUCUUGCUGAAACUGAACAAAAGGUUCAGAAAGUAAAGUGUGACAGAAAUGCUAAGAGUUUAAGACACUUACCUGCCUGUUGUUCAGUGUAUGGGGAAAAGUUUAAACGGUUCUACGCAUGUUCAGA